AUGUUCAGAACUACUAUUUCUAAGGCUGCCAGACCUACUUUGGCUAGUGCUCAAAUCCCAAGAGGUAUCAGAGGACUCAAGAACAUCAACUUUGGUGGUAGUGUUGAGACCGUGCAUGAGAGAGCUGAUUGGCCAAGAGAGAAGUUGUUGAACUACUUCAAAAAUGAUACUCUUUGUUUGACUGGUUAUGGUUCUCAAGGUUAUGGCCAAGGAUUGAAUUUGAGAGAUAAUGGUUUCAAGACCAUUAUCGGUGUCAGAGAGAACGGUAGCUCCUGGAAGGCUGCUGUUGAGGAUGGAUGGGUUCCAGGCGAAAACUUAUUCCCUAUUUUAGAGGCUGUCAAGAGGGGAACCAUCGUGAUGAACUUGUUGUCAGAUGCCGCUCAAUCCGAAACAUGGAGUCAGAUCAAACCCCUUUUAACUGAGGGUAAGACCUUGUAUUUCUCUCAUGGUUUCUCCCCAGUGUUUGAGAAAUUGACUCAUGUUGACCCACCAAAGAACAUUGAUACUAUUAUGGUUGCUCCAAAGGGUUCCGGUAGAACUGUCAGAUCCUUGUUCAAGGAAGGUAGAGGUAUUAAUUCCUCUUUUGCCGUCUGGAACGAUGUCACCGGUAAGGCUGAAGAGAAGGCUGUUGCUCUUGCAAUUGCCAUUGGUUCUGGUUACGUUUACGAGACCACUUUCCAAAAGGAGGUGUAUUCCGACUUGUACGGUGAAAGAGGUUGUUUGAUGGGUGGUAUCCACGGUAUGUUCUUGGCCCAAUACGAGGUUUUGAGAGAGAAUGGCCACACUCCAUCUGAGGCAUUCAAUGAAACCGUCGAAGAGUCUACCCAAUCUCUUUAUCCAUUGGUUGGUAAGCACGGCAUGGACUAUAUGUACGAUGCCUGCUCGACUACUGCAAGAAGAGGCGCCUUAGACUGGUACCCUGUGUUUAAGGACACGUUGAAGCCUGUUUUCCAGAAGUUGUACGCUUCCGUUAGGAGCGGUGCUGAAACCAAGAGAUCCUUGGAAUUCAAUUCUCAAUCCAACUACAGAGAGGAAUUGAACAAGGAGUUGGAUACUAUCAGAAACAUGGAGAUCUGGAGAGUUGGUAAAGAGGUGAGAAAGUUGAGACCAGAGAACAACUAA